CUGAAAAUUAUGUUUGCGCAAAUAUCUACGUUCGUUGAACACGUUGUUUGGAAGCUUUCGGCUUUGCUAUCAGUUCCAUCUUAGACACUUCGUUCCGAUCGGUAAAUUAGGAAUCUUGCGUGCGAGAUAAAUUGUAAUUCGCGAUGUUAAAGAAACACUGGAGGUAAAGUUCAUUCUUUCAAAGCGAGAAACUUUGCCUCAUCGAACAACGCCACGCGUAAUAAGGAUAAUUUACUUUCUCCAAAUUUCGCUGAAUUAUUCCGUCGACUGCCGUAAGAAAGAUCUCUCUUGCAAAAUGUGAACUCGUUCGAUAGGUUAAGAAGCAAUUUGACUUCACGAAUUCUCCAUUAAAAUUUAUACUCGUAUUCGUAUAGUAUAAAUCCUCGACAGUGAAUUAUUCGAAUCGAAGAUAUAAAAAUCGGGAGAAUUUUCUUUGCGUCCUAUGAACUGGAAAAAAAAAUUUGUCGAGACGAUAAAAAUCAUAGAAUUUCCAGACGUUCUAUAUAUAGUCUGCAUAUCGAGUAACCUCGGAUCGCAGUUCGUAUAUGUGUAUCGGAUCUCUAUGUCUGAAUGUUAAUCAGUAGAAUUUUCAUGACUAACGAGAUCGUUCGAUGGCUGGUUCGACUUGCAACUCUGGAGUUCGCAGUCGCGUAAAUAUUUAUCGGGAGACGAGGGGUCACUCGGCGGAAGUGGUAACAUCGGUAUUGGUAUAGGUCAGUUUAUUUUCGAGCGGAAUACAUUAUCGAUCGGCCGUUAAUCGUAUGUAUGUAUAUGCGAUGUAGGUACACAAGCGGACCGGCUCUUUGUGUCGCUUAUCUUAUUCGUCUUCCUCUUCUUUUUUUCUCUCUUUUUUUUUUCUUCUCGACGAAUAAAAAAUGGUCUGCUUGCACGAGAGAAAACGUGAAUCAUCAACAUAUACAUUCUACUCUUUCGACGUAAAAUACGCUCUUGUAUCCUGUAUCUUAUUUAGAAAAUUAAAGCUUCGCUAAUUUUACUCGAGAAUCGAGUUAUUAUCUAAAAAAAAAAAAAAAAAAAAAAAAGAAAAUGUAGAAUUUUAUUUAAAUGAUUGAAAUUCAAACGAUUUGUUGUGCGUUCCGUCUGUGCGUAUCCUCGAUUUUGCCAAAUGUUUAAAAUCUUGUCGUUCUGCGGGUCUAGCGAAUCUUCGAAAACCCAUAAAUUUUAGGAAUACUUUGAGAAACCGAAAAGGCGAAAUGUGUCAGUGUUCCGUCUGAAAGGACGUUGUAACGUUUCAGUAAGAAAGGACGUCCGCUUUAUUUUCACCUUUCUUUCGCCAAUUCAAGCCGAACGCAAACGUUUGGUCGAGCAUGAAACAUCGUUUUACGAGGACAAUGAGAGCGUGCAUGAUUGCGAGGACGUAAAAUAGCCGGCACGGCAAUGACACGGCGGCGAAGGAUCCUCUUGGACAGACAGCGAGAGAGAAAAAAGGAAAAAGAAAAUAGUAAUUUGCAGCCGGCGAACGAGAGAGCGUAAUAACACUCAGCCUUGACCAUGCUCGAGUCGCACGAAAGUGAACCUGUUUGCUUGCUCUAGAAAAUCGCUGAUAAACUUUCAUGCUUCUUCCACUGGAUCUUGCGCAGCGAAUUCUCGCACCAUCUUUGUGUACAGUACAAAUAGACGUGAAUUUAUAACACGCUUGACAAAUAAAGAACGAAGUUUAGAUUAGGUUAGGUCUAGACUUUUAGAACUGUAGUCUUUGCACUUGACAAGAUUCAGCAGAUUUCUUUCAAAAUAGCAUCCACGAGAUACGCUGUAGUUGGAUAUUUGACAAAUUAACCGCGCUAAAAUAUAUUGGAUCUGCGAAAUAGCGAAACUUUACGAAUAGGUUAGAGAUACUUUGUGGAGACGAUAGAUAUUAUUUUUAUAAUACUUUUAUUGGAGACGAUAGAUAUUAUUUUUCUCCCAGAACCUUCGAACGUCUUCGAACAUUUUAUGCAACAAGGUUGCGAUAAUAUCCGGCGAACAGGUAAAAAGAAAUCGAUUGGAUGUCAGAAACGGGCGUCUACUCGCGCGGGAACCUCGACACAACUGUGAGGUUAUGUAACAUCACGGACAGACGAGGCUCGGGGAGAGGACUGUCAAGUCUGAGAAUCAUUGACACGUCGCCGUGGGAAUAGAGAAGAAACUGUGUGACAGCACUGUCUCCUUUCCUCGGUUGACAGCAGGCAAUAUAUCUAGGGAAUUUCCCCCGGUGGGAUUUGAAUUAAACAAGAAACCACUCCUCUUCGAGGAACCACUUAGGAAGAUAAAAGGGGAAGAGUGCCAUAGUGGAUUUAUCAGUAGGCUAGGGAUUUUCACGAGAAUUCUAACGAGCACAAUUUUUAUACAAAUUUCUGCGGCGAAAUCCCACCAAAUCCCUGGAUCUGCGUGUUCCAUAAUAUGCAAAGAUUCGACGUGCCAAAUUCUUGUCGUUAUAUGGGGUCCAUGGCAGUUGCGGUCUUACUCGAUCGAUAAGAAAAAUCGAUAGAUAAAACCUGACGAACAAAAAUUCUUGAAAUAUAACGAAAUUACGUUGCUGUCGUCGUUUUCGUCGGGCGAUAGACCCGUUUCAGUUAAAAAUUACAAACGGAAGAGUCUGGAAUUGGAUGAACGAUCACGAACGAGUUGCACGAUGACGGGAAGAAUCUAAGAAGCGGCGGAGGAUUACAGAACGAAUUAAUUAACCGGUGAUCAGCAGGUAUUGUUCGUUCGUGUGAACGAAGGAAACGAUCCAGGCGAAAAAGAGAAGGCUGAACGAUAGAGGAGGCCCGAACGAGAGAGAAAGAAGGAGGAAGAGGGCCGUAGAUGGUGGUGGUAGUUGAGCACCAGUGGGAGGAGGGCGGCAGCGGGGCCCAGGGCGAUGUGGCUAGCAAGUGGGAAAGCUCGAGGAGGUGAUAACGACUUCUGACCUUCCGUGAGAGCGUGUACCGCGACGUAGAGGGCGCCGCCGUCGAUCGUCAAGCGAAAAGGCUCACCAUUCGGAAGAAAACGAGAAGAAAGAGGCGGAAGAAAAAGAAGUGGAAGAAACUGAGUACGAAAACGGCGACGAAAGAAACGAAAAGGGUGGAGAGUGAAAAAGAAAGAGGGAGUAAAAAAGGCGAGCUCUAAAGGGGAGGCAAACAUCAACAGGGAUAGAGAAAUACAGAUACGUGUUUUGGAGAGAGAAGCACGCGAUUAAAACGCCAUAAAAUUUGAAAAAAGAAAACAACAAAAAAUCGAAUUGAAGGGAAGGAAAGAGGGUGGGAAAGAAACGGGGAAACAUUGAGAAAUAAAUUCCUUCCUCGUGGCCAGGUUGAGCACACACAAGACAUUCUCCUUCUGCAGCGGGAUAUCGCUCCUGUACAUUAAAAAAAAAAGAACAAAAAAAAAUAUAACUUCUACCUUGAGAACAUAUACCUCGUGCGUACAAGUACCUUCAAACAUAACCUCUUUUUCGCAGCGUAAUAGUGCCUAGGCCCCUCCGGAAGAACGCGACUACAAAUAAUAAUAAUAAUACAAAUAAUAAUAAAUAAUAAUAUUAAUAAUUAAUAGCAACGUUAUACAUAUAUUAUAUAUAUAAAUAUAUACAGAGAAAAUAAAAGAUCUAACGAGAGACGAAAGAAGUUUUAACGUUUUAAUCAUAAUCGUCAGUUUCGUUCGUUCGACUUGCAAGUCAUAAACGUACACAAACACACAUAAAACAUAGGCAAACCCAGUGACUAUCUGUAUGUAUACGGACGUGAACGUAUGCAAGAGAGAGAAGAGCGGUCUGUUGAGAUCAAGAUCGGGAUCGAGCAAGUUACGAACCACUUGGUCCAAGGUUGGACAGAAUUUGAAGAGGAAGAAUCGUGGUGGUGCGUCGAUAUAUAGAUCUUAUCAGGAAUAUUCUCGUUGAUAACGGUACCUCUCCCCCUUCGAGCCCCUUAAUCGAUUAAUACGAACCAGGACAGCGAAGUACCUGCAGCAAACACAGAUAUAUUUAUAAGAAUAAUUUAUAUGAUAUAUAUAUAUAUAUUAUAUAAAUAAAUGAGUAUAUAUAAUACAGACACACAAACAGACACCGAUAGUAGUAAAAUAGUAAAAAGCAGCCUGUUGAAAGGCGACAAGUAACAGCUAAGGGCAAAGAGAAUAAUAACGAUAUCGAUAAGAGUAUAUAAUAAUUAAAAAGUAAUAAACGAUAGUUGUUAAGAGGAAAAGAGAGAAGAAGAUCGUACAACAGAGUGUGAGUGCUUAAAUAAUUCUAGAACGCGCUACGGUUAGAGUACUUCUACUUUUCACGGUUAAUCUACUCAGCAAUUGCGGAGCCUGUUCUACAUAUACGAUCAAGAUACCUCAAGACAGCAACGGACGACGAUCCGACUCGACUAGCAUGCACCUGGGCCCGCGGUUCGAGGCGCACUUCAAGAUGCGGUAGAGGAAGUCCCUCGACGAGAGUCCAAAAAGCAAUCGGUGCAACCAACUCGAGUCUCGUCCUUUGUAACCAGAGCAUAAUCGCGUGCAUAAUAGCAGUUAGAUUAAGAGACUUGGACCCAAGACACGCUCACACCCUACCAAACGUAGGACAAACUUGGGUCUUUCUCUUGCAAUCCCCAUACGAAUCCAAACUCACAGAGCACCCAUCGGCAUCCAGGGGUCAGAACCCAAUUAAUCGAGCCUGGGAGCCUCUGACGACGAAAUCCACUGCCUUUCAAGCCGCCAGGUUAUCGUGAACCCCUUAAACAAGCCAGCCAAACCUCUUAAAACCUCUUCAAACAGCGUCAAAACUCGACGAACCACCUCGAAUUUCAUCAAAACCAUCAGAAAAUUGGGAGAAAGGGUUUACAAAAGCUACUAGAAUCUCCCUAGGGGACUUUGAGAGGCAAGUGAACAGAGGUGAGCAGAGGACCCGUCACGGUGGCCAGCUUAGUGAGCGGCAACGUAGCGGUGCGUUACGAUGAGGCGUCGGGAGUGGUUGGCACGGGGGGUGUCGUGUUGGCAGCCACUUCCAGGUUAGCCACUGCGGAUCCAGCGACGUCCAGCAUGGACACCAGCGACUCCAGCAUGGACACGACUAACGGAGGCUCGAAUACCGGGGUAGCAGGCGUCGGAACGAUCACCUCUGUGGUGGCUGGAGCCGCGUCCCUGACGCUGGUCAAGGCCGAGACGCCUGAACUCCUGGCUGGAACGUCCACGACGUCCUCAUCGGUCGCGGGCCCGGUUACUGCGGCCGGUGGCCUGUUCGCUGGGAUCGCGGCGGGUAACAAAAGCGCCAGACCCGACGACUGGCUAGCCGCGAACAGCCCAGGUUCACCGACCGCCACGCUGCAGGGCCAACACGUGGUCUACACGAAUCCUCAGCAACAGUUGACCGAGUCGCAGCAACAGCAACCGCCUCUCGCUCAUUCCAGCCCCUUGGCACAUCAACAGCAGCAGCAGCCCAGUAGCAACAACGGAUACGCCAGCCCUAUGAGCACCAGCAGCUACGAUCCUUACAGUCCCAACAGUAAAAUAGGUAGGGACGAGCUGUCGCAGCCUGGCUCUUUGAACGGUUAUGGAAGCAGUGGUGGCGGAGGUGGUGGAGGCGGAGGGGGCGGUGGAGGUGGCGGCAGCGACGGCUGUGACGCCAGGAAGAAGAAAGGACCGACCCCGAGGCAGCAGGAGGAACUGUGCCUGGUCUGUGGUGACCGUGCCUCCGGUUAUCACUACAACGCACUGACCUGCGAGGGCUGUAAGGGCUUCUUCCGGCGCAGCAUCACCAAGAACGCGGUAUACCAGUGUAAAUACGGGAAUAAUUGCGAGAUCGAUAUGUACAUGCGGCGCAAAUGUCAGGAAUGCAGACUGAAGAAGUGUCUGACAGUGGGUAUGAGGCCUGAGUGUGUCGUGCCUGAAUACCAAUGUGCUGUCAAACGCAAGGAAAAGAAAGCACAGAAGGAGAAGGACAAGCCGAACAGUACAACGAUGAACGGUUCCCCAGGCAGUGGGAUACGCAGCGAUCAGAUGGGAGUGAAGAUUGAACCAGCAGAAGCAGAGUCGUUGUCCACGUCUGGUAGCAGCGGUAUUCUAACGCCGGUCAGCCCCUAUGGCUACGUGAAACCGAUCAGCCCGGAGCAAGAGGAGCUGAUACACAGGCUCGUGUAUUUCCAGAACGAGUACGAACAACCCAGUGAAGAGGAUCUCAAGAGGAUCACUAAUCAGCCCUCAGAAGGAGAAGACAUCAGUGAUUAUAAAUUCAGGCACAUCACCGAGAUCACGAUCCUGACGGUACAGUUGAUCGUUGAGUUCUCGAAGAGGCUACCUGGCUUCGACGAGUUGAUGCGAGAGGAUCAGAUGGCCCUGCUGAAGGCCUGUUCCAGCGAGGUGAUGAUGCUUCGAAUGGCGAGGAAGUACGACGUGCAGACGGACAGCAUAAUAUUCGCCAACAACCAGCCUUAUACCAGGGACAGUUACAACGUGGCAGGCAUGGGCGAGACGAUUGAGGAUUUGUUACACUUCUGCCGGCAGAUGUACGCCAUGAAAGUGAAUAAUGCCGAAUACGCGUUGUUGACUGCCAUUGUCAUAUUCUCAGAGAGACCGAACCUGCUGGAAGGCUGGAAAGUCGAGAAAAUCCAAGAGAUCUACUUGGAGGCGUUGAAGGCUUACGUCGACAACAGACGCAGGCCGAAGUCCGGCACGAUCUUCGCGAAGCUUCUGUCGGUGUUGACCGAACUGCGGACCCUCGGCAACCAGAACAGCGAGAUGUGCUUCAGUUUGAAGUUCAAGAACAAAAAGCUGCCAGUUUUCCUCGCUGAGAUCUGGGACGUGACACCCUAGUUCCCCCGUAGCCGAUCCCCGUCGGCUAACACCGUUGUUGUUUCAUCGCGAGUCCGCGCAGCGUCCGGAGUGAUGAAGCUGACAGAGCACAGCAUCAUCGACAGACGUGGAACGUGGACGUGCAGAACCUCCUGUACUAGUGCACCACCAUGCCACUGCCUGAGUAAUAGACCGCCGGCGUCUUUGAGUAGCACCGGAUCGUUCAGAAUUCGCUUCUCACCUUCUCUACGCUCUGCACCGGCCUCGUGAGGGCUGCAGGAGAGCUAAUUUCGGCAGUGCUAGUUGGAGCUAGAUGCGGAGGAUGAUACAUAAUACAAAAAGUCAGGAAGAAGAAGGCAGUGGCGAGGCACCCAGGCUGUGAUAUGUAGAGACAGUACAGAGACUGUAAUAAGGAGCUACCUACAGUUAUGUUAUUACUAUAUCCUCUACCUGGCUACCCCCGGAAUCGAUAUGUAAAUGUAUAAUGUGUAAUUGUAAUAAGGUAAAGAAGCGGGCGCGUUGUAAGAGCAACCAAGCGAGUACGAGUGUAACCAGAGGAGCUAAGAGACAAGAAUGUGAGAGAGAGUGUGUGUUUAAUUGUAUGCGUGUGCAAUUUUCGGCUGAGAAUGUGACUGAUCACUACGAGAUAAUCACGAUGAUAAACGAUUGAUGAUAGGAUACAAUCGCACUCCUUGUAUUUUCGUGCGAGCAAAUAAGGGUAGAGAGAGACGAGGUAGGCCCGGCCGGCUGUUGAGCAGCGACCUGGCCUGGCCGACACACGAAUCGAGUGCGAUGUAACGAAGAAACAAAAAUAAUAAUGAUGAUGAUGAUGAAAAAUAAUAACAAACCAUACGAUUAUACAUAAUGAUACCAUAGAGUCUAUAUCACAACACAUAGCAUAAUAAUAUAUUGCUAGCAUGUACAUUGUUUAUACGUGGAAAGAGAAGUUCGAAGAGAGAGUGGUGGUUGAAAAGUUGAUCGUUGAGUGAUGAUGGUGGAAACAAUUUUUUCCGCGACGAAUAGGUAUAUAUUCAGAAGACGAGGCUUGGCAUUUGCGCGCGUCCGGGUUUUCUUUUUCGUGAACUGGCAAGGGAAAGGGGCAGGAAAGGAAGGAAGAGAGAAUUAAAAAAUGCGUAGUAGCAAUGUAGGACGUUAAGUAAAGUAAAAGUAAGCGAGGCUAGUUGGUAGUAGGUCGUAGUAAGUCAGUGAAGCUAGGCUAGGUGACCGAGUUCAAGUGCAAAGCCUUGUGCCUUCAGCAGCGGACAUCGGCUCACCGACAAAACGAAAAUAUGAAAUUUAACCGUCCGUUUUAAUUUUUUAAUAAAAAAAAGAUGAAAAAAUCAACAAAAUCAAGCAAAAUAUUAAGUAAAUCUUGUGCAAACGUGGGAGAGAAAGUUAGAGUGAGAGAGUCAAGAGCGAAAGAGAGGGAGUGACUGAGAUGGGAUAAUUAAAUUGCGUUUAGACGGAGAGAAAGAUCAGCAUGUAAGAGUGAGGGAGUAAAUGAACAAAAACAUUGAAGAGAAAAGGGUGAGAGCUGAUUUCGCGAGAAACUGACAGAAAUUGGAGAAAAGGAUCUUUCUAAAGGAGAAACAUGGAACAGGGUCGCGCCAGAUCAGCUGGAGACGGAAUUUGGUUUAAGGGGGUGACGAUACGCUUCGACACGUUGGGUCUACAACAGCCUAGCCAGACCCUGGGACAUACAAUGCUAGCAUAAAAACACACUUUGAUUGCUGAAGGAGGCUGGAUGAAGUAGCACUGAGAAUAAUCAGAGGACAUUCAGCUGGCUCAUACUCGAACCGAGAGUGACAGACACACGUACACACCACGUACACGCGCGCACGCACUUGGUUUCACAGGAGAAUCGGUAAAUUUGAAAAGACACAGCGCAUGCACACAGACACCAAUGUGAGCCACACUGUACACUAAGAUUCUCAAUGUUGUAACACUGUAACUCUAUGCUAUUAACUGAUCGUACGCAGUUGUAAUUUCGUAGUAAGUUAAAUGAGCAAACCAAAAAGAAAAAAAAAAGCGAAAAAAAAAGAUAAAUAACGUGCGUGCAAAAUUUUGUCGAGUUUAGAAGAAAAGAAGAACAGGUGAUCGAACUUGACAGGCGAUUUACGUUUGGCGACGAACAUCUGGAUAAAAGGAUGACGAGAAAAAUGAGACUGGAUACAUAUAGAAGGACACGAGGAAGACUUACUAGUACAUCGUCUAGAGCAAAAAUAGAAACAUCUUAGAGACACAGUGUUUUACUAUUAUACAAUUAUAUGUUGAACGAUGCGAAAAAUACAAGUGGCACGUUACUAUAUCGAGGUAAUAUCGUUUUUCUCCGAUCUGGUCGAUUUGGGGCUCGAGGAGGGUUUCAUGUUCGAUACUCGGGACUAGUUACGUGACCUAAUAAUCACCACCAAUAGUCACGUCCAUUAGGUUACGACAUCCUUGUUGCCUCAGAUCGAACUGACACGGACAGGGACAAUCGACACGUCCCAUCGAAUCUAUGAUGAAAGAUCUACAAAUUAAUGCCGUAAGGCAUACACUGCCACACCGCAGAACAGCGUGAAAAGAACCUAGUGCUGGCUAAAUGCGAGACGGAGCUACUGGAAGCUGAGAAAAAAGAUAUCCAAACCAUCGUCACCAUCGCCCAUCAAUGUGAUUGUUGCUUCUACAUUGAAGUAAUUCACAUUGUUCUUCAAAAUCAAUGAGAUGACACCUUUAGGAACUCGGUCAAUGACUCAGACUAUUGCUGCGAGCCAAAUUUGGAUAUUUGAUUGGAUCUGAAAAUGACCAAUUGGUUACCAAAUUUGGGAACAAAAGGAUCACGGUCUAUCGGUAUAAUUGGAUGAAGAAAUCUUUAGAACAAGUGGCUCCAGCAAUGAGUAGAGGCUGAGGGGCCUUGUAUAGAAACACCAGACACAUUUGCACACACCUAUACACCGCAUUUGUUGUAUCACGAAAAAACACCAAGUGGUUUUAGACAUCGCCGUUUCUGCUAUAAAGUGAGAAUGUGAUGGGAACAGAAAGAUUUUCUUGAAGUACGAUGACAUUGCCUAUUGUAUACAUCUGUAAAGUAGCUAACAGUCAUUGACUCGUGGUAAGAAGCGUGUUUGAGAAUCCACGGGUCGAUGAUGAAUUAACACGUUCGUUUGGACUCUAGAGUCCUUACAGAGUUAAUAUUUAAGCGUACUGCGACAGCUUGUAAAAUCUACUCCCUUCUGAUUAUCAGUGGAGACCCUGCAAAGAUGUUUCACUGAGUUAAAUCGCCAUUGCUGAAGACUUGUAAAGUCGUUCUCUCAUACGUAAGUGUCGUAUGUAUGUAGACUGAUGUUUGAGAAUUGGGAUCAACUUCGGUUAGAAUGAUCAAGCUUUGACCAGACUACGUUACUUGUUUCUUGCUAUGAGCUUUUGCCAUUUAUCGAACCUUGCUCACUGUAGUUUCUUUUUAACCUGUUAAUUGAGAAUUUUUUUAGAUAUAAUGUCUUUAUCUAAUCUUUUAUUUUGAUUUUUUUUUGCUAUGUAUGGUCCACAAUUAUAUAUCUCAUUUUUUUUUUUUUUAAUAUAAUUCGGUAUCUUUAUAAAAAUAGUAUGUUUAUUCAGAAUUGUGGUUUGGGUUACAUUUAUACCUUUAAUCUUCCAGCUUUAAAAAACUUGGUGAACAGGUUAAUGGAACAUACUUAGCUACCAACCGUACCUCAAGAAUUUUUCAGACUCUUCUUUCAUGGAACUUGAUUGCUUUCAACAGAGAAAGCAAAGAAAGUAUCCUAACAGAUAAUACUGUUAAAAUUUCAGAGCUUGACCAUUCACAAUCGGAGAAAACAAUUGCUCCUUGGACUCCUGGUUCAAUACCAAAGCGAAAAUCGUGCAAUAAAUGAAAUCUGUGGUGAUCAGUUUGCUAGAUGGGAGAACGGCAUGGCGGAAAUUAGAUUCUCAGAAUGGAGAUCCCUGUACCUUGGAGCGCAGAAAAAUCGUCACGGACCGUCGACGGCAGGUCGUCAUCGACACUCUUUCGUUUGUAGCGUCUAGAGUCACCCUCGAAUCCCCGAGGGUCUUCCCCGUUGCGCGAAGAAUCUUCGCCAUGAUUCCCGACACGGUGCCUGUGAAGUUCGCGCGGCAACCGUCAGAUGGCGGCGUUGAGAUAUGCAUCUCGCCUUAGGCGACGUUUUCUCUCAGCCGGACGUGUUUGACGUAAAAAGAUCGGGCGGGAAUCAAGGUGAACCGCAUCCUUCGGCGAAUCAGAAACCGGUCACACGUUACUCCGUGUGUAAGUGUGAGCUGAGAAGUGAAAAGAGAGAAAGAUAGAAUAAAAGAGUCAGAAUGCAAGGGAGUAUGAGUGGAGGGGCGACGAGCGAAGAAGAGAGGACACACACAGGUACACACAGGUACACACACAUACAGAGCAACACAACCGUGCACAUACACGCGUACACACACACACACACACACACACACACACACACACACACACACACACACACACACAGAACACUUUGAACGAAAGAAAAACUAGAUGCAAUUCUACGAUCACUGCCAAGGGCGUUAACCGUCGACGUCGAUUUCUCAUUGUCUGAAUGUGUCGUAGUUGUCGUUUUUCUCGAACGCUGCUGCAAAAUGGUUCAACAAAGUAGUCAUGACAGAGUGGAGAAAAAUUGGAGGAUUAAGAACAAAGGGGAGACACACUACUACUACCACGCGCGUCAUUUGGCGACAUCUAGAGAUAUUAUAAGCGAUUAACGAAAACGAGAUAAUGAAAAAUGCAAAAAAUAUAUAUGUAUAUAUUACGUUACAUACAUCUAUAUAUUAUAUAGCGCGUUCGCUCGAGUUUUCUGACGAUGUACGAGCGAACGAUUUGUUCAUGAUACUGCCAAGCGUAGAUUCGAGUUUCUGUGUUUUUUAAGGGACAAACUAUAAUACUCCUUUUAAAUGUGUCGAGCCACACUUAUACUCCACACCAGCACGUAUGCGCGCGCACACGGCACACAUACAGAGACACACAUACACCCUACACUAGAAAGAUUACACAUGCUGAUUAUGUACCAUAUGUAUGCGCAUCGUGCCGCAAUCUCUCUUGUCUGUCUGUUUAUCCAACCGAGCACCCUGAUCUGUCCGUUUCUCCUCCUAGGUGUCCCUUUUGCCUGUCCCUACACGUAUGUAGAUGUUUGUAGAAUAUUCCUGAUUCUGGAUCGUGAUCACGGUGACUGAUGGAAGGAAUGAGUUGAGAAAUUAUGUCAAGGUUUUAUUUGAUUAUUCAUUGGAAAUAGCUGUAAUUUGAAUAAUGGAUUUUUCAAAUUAGGAAAAUAAUUGGUAAUAAUUGCUAUCGUAUAGCAAUUAGUAAUUAGUAAAGUGGUUACGCACUGAGUUUUUAAAAAAUACGCAAUUUUGCUAAGUAGCAGAAGUAGGUAGGUUUAUUGUAUGGUAAUAUUGGCAUUGAAUUUUAAUUUUUCACAGAUUUUUUUUUUAGUAACGUUAGUGUAUAUUAAUAAGGAGAAUGUUCCUUAAGAAAGUCUAAAAAUCUGUGCAAUGGAAAAAUGUGCAAUGUGAAAAUCUGCAGAAUCUAAAAAUUGUUAAAUCUAGGUUAUAUCGCGAAAGUCUAGAAAUUUAUAAAUCUAUGAAGUCUGUCAAAUCUGAAAAGUCGGAAAAUAUAUAAAUAACAGUUUCAUAGACCACAUUUGUUACAAGUACAAAACAAAGGAACAGUGGAGAAUAAAUACAAUCUCCAUGAUCUUUCUAACCAUAAAGUUCGCUUGUCAGCGAAAUUGAAGUUCUAGUAAGAAAGCGCCCGGCGUGUCCUUCUAACCUCCACCAUGAACACCACGUGUUCAGUUGGGGGCAAUCAGUCACCAUGAAUUCGUAACUUGAUACUUGUACGUGAGAUGUGAAACGACUCUGUACAGUCCUUGUUCGUAAUUAGCCGACAGACGGUUGAGAUACGGUAUUUUCUUAUUGGAGGCAACGUUCGGCCCUGCGAGAGAAAGCGAGAGUAUGAGUGUAAGAGAGCGAGAACGAGAGUGUAAGAGUGCCACAGUGAGGAAGGUUCUUGUUAUUAAUCGCGAAGAUUAAGAGAGAGAGAGAGAGAGAGAGAGAGUCGUUCUAAUUUAUUGGAAGCUGUAGAAAAACGAUGAGAAAUGAAGAAACGGAGGAAGCUUAUAAGCUGAAGAUUAUUAUAAAUAAAGUUAAAUGAUUAUACUUUGUUAUGGUAGUUUGAUGCAUUAUUUUUCUGGGUUUGAUAAUAACGUCGACGGCAACGAUAUUCUCCGCCAUCUUUUUUUUCUGUUCUCAUCCGUGGAAUAAUACGAUUUAUAUUGUACAUAAUUGUUAUUUGUAAAACGAGAGAAUGUGAAAGAGGCAGAGAGAAAUGUAAGGAGCCCUGAGAAUUUUUAUCGAAAUUUAUUGCCUUCGUUUUUCACCCCUUCUGGAAUUUUUGACUAACCCUUUUUGGACCAAUUUCACGAAAAAUGAUAUAAAAUUCCAAAUUUCAUUAAAAGGUCCUGAUAUUAUUUUGAAAAUUAUAGCGUAGUAAUUCUUUGUGAAAUUGAUCCUCGUAUUAUUUACUAACAAAUCGAAAUCUGGGAUUUUUCGUAUUAUACGAAACAUGCUUUUCUGCAAUUUUAAGAAAUUUGCUCAAUCAAAAAAGAAAAAAAGAAAAAAAUAAUAAUAACUAGCGAAGGCUAAUCUCUAAGAAAGAUCUGACAUUUAUUUGAAGAGAAUUUAUUUAUGACGUAAAAUUCGUGCUUGAAAUUCGAGAAGGAAAACAAUUGUGGCGGUAAAACGGCAAUAAGUCAGUUUUGUAUAAGAACUUCAUAUAAGAUCACUAUAACAAAGUAUAUGCACUAUCAUUUCUAACAAGCGACUAUAACUGCAACCGUAAACGACUAACAAAAUUUUCGGGGCUGCCACUACUAACACCAAACGUACAAAAAUUUUCAUCACGCGUAUCGACUAUCAACCAUUGCUGUCAACAAACCACUCAACAAUUGAUUUAUUAUAAUUUAUUAUAAAGAAACAACAAAAAAAAAAUGGAAUAACAUCGCUGCUAGGCAUAUAAGAAGAACAGCAUAGUGAUGGUAAAGCGUGUGGAAAAUGGUUGAGAACAGGAUUAGAAAAAUGACGCAAUAUGAUGAAAAAAUAACUGUGUAUAGUACUGAUGAUCGUACAAACUGUUGGAAAAUUUUUUAAAACGAGUACCGUCAUUGUUUGUCACUGUAGGACCUGCCCUCGUCGGAUGUGCACCCGGUCGACUUACUACUACUACUACUAGUACUACUACUACUACUACUACUACUACUACUACUACUACUAGUACUACUACUACUACUACUACUACUACUACUACUACUACUACUACUACUGCUACUGCUACUACUACUACUACUACUACUACUACUGCUACUGCUACUGCUACUGCUACUACUACUACCACUACUGCUACCACUACUACUACUACCACUACUGCUACCACUACUACUACCACUACUACUACUACCACUACUACUACUACUACUACUACUACUACUACUACUACUACUACUACUACUAUUACUACUAUUUAUUACUAUUAUUGCUCCUGUUACUGCUGUUAUUAUUAUUAUUAUUAUUAUUAUCAUUAUUAACACUUAACACUAACAUUUGUAUUUGUAUCACAGAGAAUGCACGCGGAUACACACAUACACAAAGAAAGAACGCGUACACAUACAAAGAAAACAAACACGUACGAUCGAUCGAUCGCGAAAAGGUAUAGUUGUCGUUGGAUGAUAUGGUUGUCUCGAUUUGAAAUUUUACCUUCGAGUUUUGCGGAUGAAAAUACAUAUAUCUCCGCGAUGGAACUAUUAAAACGCAGUUGGUGAAAUUGAAAUAAAAUUAAGUACGGUCGAUAUAAUUUAUAGUUGGUCUCUAAUCGACAAUAGUUAGCACUCGGAGUUGUUUCAAGUUUAAUAUUAGGCCGCAGCUAGCCAUUUUUGAUUGGAGUAACGUAUCUGGAAUAAGUAUGGUUGAGAAAAUGUACAACUAUAGUUAAUCGUUAAUUAUAGUUACUGGGCUCUAAAUCGAGCGUGGAAUAUAGUUCAGCGGAUAUAAUUCGAUUUAAGUGAGAAAUUUUUGAAACAAGCGGUUUAUUCAGAAGAUACGUAACUAUAGUUAACUAUUAACUAUUGUUAGACAGCUGCAUCUCGGGUGUGAAUUAUAGUUAAACAUACAUAAUUGAAUUUAGUGCGAAAUUUUUUAUCUGGAAUAAGAAAUUUAGGAAAAUGUGCAACUAUAUUUAACUAUUAACUAUAGUUACUUGGCGCCAAGAGAAGUGUGAACCAUAGUUGGGCGCGUGUAAUUCGAUUUAAGAGAACAUUUUCUGGAAUAAGCGAUUUAUCGAAAAGACACGUAACUAUAGUUGACUGUUAAGCAUAAUUACGGUGCUCUAAAUCGGGUGCAAAGUAUAGUUGAGCGCAUAUAAUUCGAUUUAACAGGAAAUUGUCUGCGUAGAUCAAAUCGCAUUAUAUAGAUGCAAGUAUAGUCGUUUCCUCGUAGUUCGAACAUUUCCAUCAACUAUACUAAUCGUUAUUGUUCGUGUGUAUGUGAUAUUUUUACCGUCGAGAGACGUUUGCGAUCGGUUAACGUUUGAUUUCGAACCGCGUAAUCGAUAUUCGACGAUGAUUCACUAUAGUCAAGAACUAUACUAACGACUAUAUACCAUCGAUCAUCGUCAGCCUUGAAAAAAGUAUAAAAUAUUUCAUCGUCGAGGACCGAAACGGAUUUCACGACUAUCGAAGCAAGUAUAUGCUGCCACUACCAACUAUAUUAGAAAUUUUACGACAACUAUACUAGCUUUUACAAAAUCGAGCUACGAGCACAUGCGUUUUUUCUUAGCUUGUAAAUUCGUCUCUUGACUCGAAUCUACGUUUUACUAGUCGUAAGAGAAAAAAAGAAAAAAUUUUUAGUCCUCUCAACUAUAUAACUGUAUCAACUCGAACUCGAUCGAUCGUGCUUCACAUGAUGUUCAAAGCUGCGUGCGCUUGUUCGAUAAAAACAUACGAAGAGCAAAUCUCAAGCGCGUCUCGUAUCUUCUACUAGCAACUAUGUAACGAUAAUUACUAUACAUACUAAUCGUAACGUAACGAAAUUAUUGUUAAACCGAGGAUUCGGGGUGAGAUGGUAAAAAUUAAGUCGAGAGCAAGGAUGGACACGUAGGAUUUUGGCUAUCCAAUUUUUUAUCAUUUUUUCUAUUUUUUUCUUUUUUCACUUCUUAUUUUCAUUUUUAAGUAGGUGUAAGCGCGUGCAUCGAAAAGAAACGCGAGAAAAAGAAAGCCGUGGCCUGUUAGACACUCGACUGUGUCGGCCAUAUUGGAUUGCGAGACUUUAACGAAUUGGUGCUUUGGAAUGUAUUAGACUGAAAAAAAUUAUUGUUGUACGUUUUAGUAGAAAACGAUAAAAAAAAACAAAUCGCAUACUAACGAAGAAAUCGAGAAGAACAAACUUGACAGGAGUUCUUUUGCUCCGUAUUCGAUUAAUAAUUAGUGAAAUAUUAUUUCUAUUUGGAGCGUUUUAUAUAUAUACAAUAUAUUAUAUAUUCGCUAGGUUGCACACAGACAAACACAAACAUGCUUACACACACACAUACACAGACACACAUUUACAUGGUAUUUUGCGUACAGUGAUGGGAAUCAAAUCGCCUUUGUGAUCGGACAGUUGUUUGUAAGAAAGCUAAUUUAAGAAAUUAUCGAUAACACGAUGUCGCUGUCACAGGCGCCAUUUUAAAAUGGCGGACAUCUUCAUAUCGGUAAAAGAGGGAUAAAAGUAAAAAUUAAAUUAAAUUUAAUGAUCGAAUUUGCAGGGGCACUCUGCGUAAACAUUUGUGAUUCUAGUAGGUUAGAUUUGUUAAAUUCGAUUGUAUUUCGAAAUUCUUUUUAGAAGCGUAUUCGCGUUGAAGGAAAACAUUUCUCGUGGCGUUGUUCCUCAUUUUCGACGCUCGAAGCGUUCCCGCGAUACGUUCGAACGAUUUGCGUGGGAACUUUCGAAUUUGCUUGGAGUCGACGGUUUCUUAAUCUCGAAAUUUUCGUGUUUUCGGCUGUAGGAAUUUUUUUAAUGGGACGCCCGAGCCAAGAAAAGAUUAUGUACAUAAAAAGAGAAAGAAAGAUUUCGGUAGACGAGUGUCCUUGAAAAUUGUUUGAGGUUAGGAACGCCGAUUCGUGCAAAACUUUUCCGCGUCGUUGCAAUUUUUUGGUGUUAUUCGUGGAACGUGAUAGCAAUUACAAAAUUAUUAAUUAACUUUCAACGGUCCACUGGUAAAAUUUUAGUAGGCAAAUUUUCGAUUAGUCGAAUUUUUAUCGAGUUACGAAUUUGUUCGUUUGUGAUUAAAGAAAAGAGAUUCGUAAAAGAGGGAAAAAUCAUUUUCGAGACGGAUAUGUUCGCGUUGCGAUUCCCAACACUAACCUCACACGUGUGUAUACAACAUAUAAACGCGCGCGCGCGCGCGCGCGCGCGAAAUUAACAAAAAUGGCAAGCGAUACUUUGUAUGUACAACAAUUAGUAGUUCUGUUCGAACGGAACUGAGCGUGGACGAGUGUAUGUAUGCGUGUAUGCGUGUGUAGAGAGUGGUUGAGAUUGGAUGAUAGGAGAGAAAGGGACUCGGCGUGCACUCCGCCCAGAAUGAGCGGAAGGAAAAAGAAAAACAACGUGGAAGAUGAAAUAUAAUGGAAAAACUACUUCGUCGCGCAGGUGCAGGGAGAUUUUUUGUGAAUUGGCAAUGCGGCGGUGCGGUUCGUCUUAAUGCGCCCGUGUGCGUUUAAUAGAAGUUACAUGACGUAGAUAUUUGAUAGGCACGCGCGAACAACGUCCCAGUCUAUCUGAUUUCGCGAAUUUUAAAAUUUGGCAGAAUGAGAAAUCAGAGACUUAAAGAUUUGAAAGAAAUACGUCGAGAUUAAAUUCCUUAGAUACAUUAUAGGUAACUAAUGGGAUUACAGAAUAAUUUGUAUGGUAUUUUAUGCGAGAUAGAAAAUGUUUGAAAUUGUGGGGAAUUUUGUAACUUUCAUAUUCUUGCAAAACCGAGAGCCACAAAUUUAAAAAAUUGUAGAAGUAAAAAAUUCCAAAAUUGCAAAUUCAUAAAAUGAUGAAGAUGCAAAAUUAUGAAGUUACAACAUUUCACAAAUUGCCAAGUAAUUCUGUAAUUUCGUAACAUUGCUUUUAAAAAUCCCGGGAUCGAUAACUGAAACUUACCUAUAAAAGUAGUUGCAAUUAUAUGGACUGUGGCGCCAGGAAACCUCUUCGAAUAUCCGAAAAAUGUAACGCCCAAGAUUUCUAAAAUACAAGAAAAAGAAAUAAGGUUAAAAGAUAAAAAUUCUUCGAUAGAAGAAUAAUUUUCUAGGAACAAUUCGGAUAUUCUUAACGAAGCUGGAUUCCCCGAUGUUCGCGCCUGUCUAGUAAUUUACGCGUUCUCCGCAAUGGACAUGGUGGAGCCACAUGUACAUCAACAAUAUUAUAUUCUAACGAUUACUAAUUAAAUAAUGUACAAUAAUUUUAACGAUUGCUAAAUGAUGAUGAAUAACGAUGAUAAUGAUGUCGAUGAAGUGUUUAAGCAUAUAAUACAGUGUUGCACGAUGAAAAUGAUGGAAAAAAACAUAUGAAAGAUAGUAAAUGAAAAGAAUGAGAGUGAAUGAGAGUGAGAGGCGACGAGGAAACGCGAAUCCUGAAUGUAUAGUUACAAAAACCGAGCGACAGAUGUUAAAGACGAAACCGGACGGGAGGAGCUACGAGAUAAUGUAUCUGUCUUUUAAAAAUCGAUGUGUAUUUUUUGCGAGGAAACGAGGCGAGAAAUAUAUUGGAGAAAGAACCGAAGACCGUUGUUGCCAGUUUGUGUUCCACGGGGCUGACUCCUUUUUCGAGUUAGUUGGUAUCCCUGACGUUUAAAGUUCUUAAUAAUUCGAGAAAUUAUCCGAAAAAAAACUAAAAAGAUUUAUGGAAAUUUAUUUUGGUUUUGUAAAACUCUUAGCUUCGUUUUUAUUUAAGGUUUAGAAGUAUCGUGCAAUUUUAACUCUAUUUUUGGGUAUUCUGCGAAACUACUAUAGGAUUACAAAAUUAUUGAAAUUAUCUUUUUGCGAAGAGAUUAUUUGAUUUUGCUACUUGAUUCCUAGGAAACCAAAAGGAAAUUUGUUACUGUUUUAUUUGAGAUAAGUUAUUUUAAAGGAAUGAAAUAAAUGCCACGAGAUCAACUCAAAUAAACUUCCAUCUUUUAAGCAAUAGUUAAUAUCGAAAGUGCCCCCUAAGCAAUGAUUCGAGAAAGAAUGGCUGAGAACCACUGGCAACGCGCGGUUGCCAAGUUGCGCCGCGCGAACAACGCUGUUAUCAAGUAAGUGCGAUAAUUCUGUCGGUUUCUUUAAAAAAUAAUUAACAAUCAUAUAACAGAGAAAUAUAAAAGUAUUAAAUUAGAAGAGGAAAUUAUUGAAGGUUCAUUGCAAUUUACAAAAUACCAAAAGGUUUAAGCGAAGAAAGUAAAAAAACCUCUUCCGAAAAUAAUUUUGGAAUCAUUCGGGUAUAAACCGAUGUCAACGACAACUCUGUCAUAGUGGUAUCCUAUCACAAUUCAAUCGUCAGAAUUUUUGCACUUACCCAAGAUUUAAGAAUAGAAAGAAUCCAGAAUUUUAUGAACAAAACUCUGAAGAUCUCAGAAGAUCUCCGUUUUAUUCUGAACUCGAAGUGUCCCAAAACGAACGACUAAAUGGAAAACAGCUUUUAUUCAAAGAGGUAUGUAGUUAGCUACAUACAAAAUACAUACAAACAUUACGAGUCAAUGUUUUUGGGACGUUCUCGAAUUCUAUAUAGUAGGAAUUAAAAACGUGCAAUUACGUCACGUUAUACGUGUAAGAACAAACUUUUCUUGCGAUGUUUAAUGAAAAACACGCAAGUUCGAUCUUCGAGUGGUACAAAGUUCGAGUGCACCGAUUUUUUGAGAAAAUGACAAAUUUUGUUUAAGGUUUGCUUGUUUCACAAAUUUCAUUUAUCAUAUGCAAUACUGUGAGAGUCAUAACGAACGAGGAGAAUGUCCCUCUUUAUUUCUGAUUUUGAGGGAUAUCUGCCAUCUUUUCUGAAACGUUAAUUGUUUCAACUUGGAUUUCAAAAAUACACAAUUUGGCAACAAUCUCCAAAUCCAAUAAAACACAAAUCUCAACAUUUCUUUAAGAAAUAAAUCUCGAAAGAUUUUAAAGAAACUUCGAUAAAAGGAGUUCAAGUUUUAAAAAGAUGGAACUUUAAAAGGAAGCCUUUCGUCAGUUUUGACCAAGAACACAGUAAUUUUACAAAAUCGUCCCGGAAGAGCGAUUUCAAAACGAACGUGCCCCACAUCCAGUACAACAAUAGAGAACAGAGAUAAGGAAAGAGGGCGCUGCAUGAUUUCCACGUUGAAUUCUAACCUAAAAAACUGCACCAACAACAAAGUCUAUUGAAUCGUUAAAGUAUAUUUAUUUUUCCUGGAAAAAGAAAGAUCCAAGAAACGUUGAAAGUUUAUUUUAAUAACAGAGAAGAAGUGCUAGAGAAAAGAAGACGAAGCUAUUUAUUUUUCUUACACAGUAUUGCAAAGCCUUUUCAUGGGAUAAAGAGAAGCGAUGGGGGGAGCGUUACAUAUGGCGGACGACGAGGGGCAACAAUUUUAUAAUCGAUGAUUUCUCAGACGAUUGGCGAUACGAAGUGGCGAAUGGCGAUAGAAAUGCGUUUAUUAUGUAAGAAUAAGAAGGCAGGAAUAAACAUAAACGUAGAAUGCGUGGUGUGCGAGUGAGAAGGAGAGAGAUAGAGAAAAUCACAGAAGCCAUAGAGUUCAAAGAGAGUGCAUUGUGUACAUAUAAAAGAAGCAGGGACGAAGAAUCGCGAGACGAGCCGUGAAAUACAGAGGGUAACCGAACGACACCUUUGUAAAUUAGCUUUGUACAUUGUAUCCCCACCUCCCUUGUUUCUUUGUUUCAUUGUUGCUGCAUAAACCAUGGAGGAUGUCUGCUCACGUUGAAUCUCUUAUACAGGGUGAUGCAAAAAUCUUUAUACAUAGGAAACAUUUUUCUGACAGUGAAAAUUAUAAAGAGAAUGUUCGAUAUACAAAUCAAUACAAAUAGAAAAAUUAUAAUAGUAAUAUCGUGCGUGUGGAGACCUUUGCGUCACAUUGUAUACUUCGUAUUUAACUCACAUUCGUCCCUCAUUUUCCUAAAAUAAUAUUUUUAAUUAAUUUAUUGGUGUCAAUUUGAGUUGAGGUAAAUAGUUACAAACUGGAAAAUUCUAUUACUGCAAAAAUGGAAUUUUUGUAAAUUUAGACCGUGUUAAUUUGACAGAAAUAAUAGAAAUGCCCCGAUAGUGACAAGAUAAGUAAUUAUAAGCUGUAAAAUUCCUUGAUCAGAAACGAAAGGAACAAAGUUUUCGUAAAUUGACACAAGGGACGAAUGGAUGUUAACAAUUCCCAUUUAAGCAAAAAACUCGCAGGCAGAGGUAUAAGUAAAAAUGAAUAUUCUUUUUAACAGAAAGAAAACAAAAGGAAGUAGUUCGCCUAAUUUUAAAGUCUUAAUAGAAUUAUUUCUCCAAUAGUUUCUUUAGAGGUUAGAUUCUAUUGAGACGCCAUGUUUGCUGGCCAUCUUAAUUUUCUCAUAUUACUCACAUCCGUAGCGUUUAAAGAUAUAUUAAAUAUGGACAGAAAAAAGAUAUGAGAAGUAGACGAAGAACUAAAAUUGCUGGCAAUUUCAAGGAUUUUAUCAAUCGUAAAUAUAUUUUAUUACUUGUACAUUUCCGUGAAAUGACAAAUCGAAAUAUGAAUACGAAACAGGACGACGGAUUUACUUUGGUACUUAUUUCGCGAAAGAUAAAAAAUAAAAGUAUCGUCUAUUGUCGACGGUUUCCAUCUCGUGACUCUGUUAUGUAUAUAAAUAUACAUAUUGCAUAUAUACAUACAUACGUACAUACAUGUAUAUAAACAUAUAUAUUUUUCUGGGGUAAAGAGGGAGAAAGAGAAAAAAAGAAAAUGGAGAAAAAAGAAUAAUAACUGCAAAGACGUAUCCGACCUCGUGGACGCAAUAAAAAAAUUUCACUAUAAAUCGAUUAUGCAUGGGCAUCAGGGUGUAGAUUAAUAGGAGAAAGCGAGAGAGAAAAAUGUAAAGAGAUGACUAUUUUUUUGAGAGAAACAUUAUAAUAGAGGAAAACGAGAGCUUCAACGGGAAGCAAAUUGGGAAUUUCAAUUUUCUCCUUUAGUUUCUAGUGUUUAUUUAACAUGUUAUUCUGCCUGUGAGUUGAAAUCAAAUUCGAGAAAGCUUGAAAGAAAAACAAUUUUUCAUGAAUUAUAUAUGUUCCCUGAUUGAACAAUGAAUUGUUUUGCACUAAUUAUACGUAUAUUCAUAAUUGCAAGAUAUAGAACUAUAUAUGAUUCGUGAAGUUAAUAAUGGCGCGAAAUUUGAGUGCUAAUUUCAUUGAAAUUUUAGAUUUCAAUGGAGAUAUUGAAAUAAACUCAACAAAUAUUAAAAGAGACACGAAAUUUUCGUUAAAACAACGUAUGGGAUAAAUUACAGCGCCGAAGUUAAAUUUCUUUCGACAGAAAAUGUAUUUUCGCUGCAGUAUAUCCGAACGAAAGUCUUUCUUGAAUUAAAUAAUAAUGAUGGUUUGAAAAUGAAUGUAAAGGAGGGAAAACGUGUACAUAUCUCCUCCAGGUAUAAUCGUUAUACGAAAAAGAAAGAAAAU